UGCUCGACGUUUACAGAAGAAAAGAAGCUGCACAAGUGGCUGCUCUAAAAACAUCACACCCAAAUCAGUUCAAGUUGGGGAAUUCGAAUACAAAAACUGUAGUGAUCGAGAGUGUUCGUCUUUGAAAAUAAUCCACGAAAAUUAUUUGUAAUGCGGCGAUUUGAUUUCUAUUGUUUAAAAGAUUCAGAAGGAAAACAAUCGACAUGUCCUUUGCACCCUUUGCAUCGUGCGACCUGCCAACAGGAAAACUCUUUCUCAGGAAGUUGCUCUAUGUUCAACAUGUGGAUAAAGCAAAGGAUGUGACCACUGAAAUAUCCGAAUUAGACUUGAAAAUCAAUGUCUUGGACUAUAGCCUCAACUUUCGCGAUAAGGAUUUGGAAUUCCCGCUCAAUAAAAAACAGGUUUCCGGCCAGUCUAACCUGGACAUUUUGAAGGAUUCUCUACCAGACUUUAUCAACAACGUCUGGGUCUACUCCAAUCCUCUAUUUCAAAUAUUUCCAGUCGUUCCAGUCCGUUCUGGGUUGUUUCACGCCUACGUCGUUUUCACAACGAAUAAAAUACCCUCGUCGCCGUCCAGUGAAAUGUGGUGGUCGCUCGAGAAGAAUGGCAAGUACAUAAUUCUGCAACAAUCGCCCAAUAAAUCGGACAUCAUAGACACAACAUUCGAUGUCAACCAGGGAAAAAUUGGACCGCGACUUUUGCCAGUGGAAGAACUGGAAAGGGCAGAAGGCAACCACCGAUCCCUUGAAAAUUUAUUGGAAUCUCUACUGUUUAGCAGUCAACUGGACAUUCCUUAUCACCUUUUUAUCGCUAAUUGCCAGAGAUUCGCAUCCUACGUUUUCGAGAAAGCCAACGGCGAAAGGAAAAAAUGGACGUCGGGAACGAGUGGGUCAGUUCCAAAUGAAAAACAAACUCUCUUCGGUGUCAGUGCGGAUACAAUUAGAUACAAAUCCUUUCUACAAAAUGAACUGAUUCCAUUUUAUCACGCAAUUGUCGAGAAGGAAGAAAUGCCCGUAUUCAAGAGUAUUUUGGCAAACUACACCAGCGAAUCAAUAAAUAAGAUAGACUCUCAGGGCUACACUCUGCUCGAGUGGGCUGAAGCUUUUUCAAGGGAAGAUGUCAAAAAUUAUUUGAAAACAGAGAAAGGCGCUGUUCAAUCGGAAUUAUUCCACCGCAAUGUCUUCUUUAUAGCUCUACAAUAUUUAGAUUCACAAGACGAACUUAAUGAUCCCAAAUUAUCUUUCGACGGAAUUGACAUCACCAGCGUGAAUGGAACAGGUGACACGGCCCUGCAUUGUGCGAUAUACGGAGAGAAAUGGAAAUUAGCCAAGAAAAUUCUCGAAGAAAUGGAAAAAUUUGCAAUGCCAGUCGUUGACGCAAUCAAUCACAUGGGAGAGACGGCGCUUCAUCUGAUAACCAAAUUGAAUUGCCCAAUUGAAACGUUCAAAAAUAUCCUCGGAAAAAUCCCUCGAGAAAAAGUUGACAAGGCCGACAAAAACGGAUGCAACGCCUUUCAUUGGGCAACUAUAAUAUGCUCACCGAAGAAAAUGAAAUUACUAUUAAAGAAAGGGGCAGAUAUCGACGCCAAGACAGUAGACGGACACGCCGCCAUUCACUUGGCCUUACAGGGCGAGUUGAACAUGACAAGCAAACACCAAAUAGUAGAACAGCUGUUGAAGUACAAAGCAGGGAACACUACAGAUACGAUUGAUUGUACACCACUUCAUCGUGCCGUUAUGUGGAACGACAUUUCGCCCAAACUGUUUCAGAAAAUAUUGGACAGGUAUCGUGAUAAUGUUACGGCGCAAGACAACGAAGGGGACACACCUCUUAUGGUGGCAUUAUACAAUCAAUCGGAAACUAAAGUGAAGGAACUGCUGAAAUACUCACAAGUUAAUGUCAAGAAUAAAGCCGGUUGGACAGCGUUACACUAUGCUGCAAUGUGGCCAGACAUGCCAGUUGAUUUGUUCAAGGAAAUUCUUGACAAAUCAGACGAUGCAAAUGCACAGGACGACAAAAGAGAUACACCACUUCACUGGGCAUUACAAAACCAAUCGAAAGGUUCAGCUUAUCAACUUUUACAAUUAAAAAAUGUGGACGUUAAUAUAAAAAACAACGAUAAGGAAAUGGCGAUUCAUUUAGCAGCUAACUGGUGGGAAAUGAUUCCUGCCAAACUCUUUCGAUUAAUAAUGGAUAAGACCAAUGAUAUCAACGACGUAACCUAUAAUGGAAACACUGCACUCAUCAUGGCGUUGAUGAAAAGAUCUGAACUUAAAGUCAAGGAACUGCUAGAGCAUAAGAAAAAUGUGAACGGCACUUUUGUUGAGGUGAUAAACGUCAAUGUCAAGGGUAGCGAUGAUUUCACAGCGCUUCAUUGGGCCGCUCGGUGGCCAAAUAUUCCAAUCGACUUGUUUAAGACAAUCUUAACAAAGUCCACUGACAAAAUCGCCAAGGCGAAACACGGGAUCACCCCGCUUCACUGUGCUCUAGCGAAAAAAUCGGAAAAUGCAGUUCAAGAACUACUGAAACAAGAGGCUGUUGACGUCGUCAACGUCGGGAAUGACAAUCAUCGUACAGGGCUACACCUUGCUUCUAGGUGGCUGGACAUCCCAAAUGAUUUGUUUCAGUCAAUUUUAAAUAAAUCAACCAACAUCAACGCGCAAGACAAGGACGGCAAUACUGCUUUACACUUGGCGGUGCGAUUCAAAUCUACAAGUACAGCAAAGAAGCUACUAGAAAUAGUGGACGUUAACAUAAGGAAUAUUGGAAUGGGGUCGAUACUACAUUUUGCUGCUGUAUGGCCAGAAAUUCCGUUAGAUUUGUUCAGGGAAAUUCUGAACAAAACAGACAAUAUCAACAAUCAAGUCAAAGACGGGAGUACUGCUCUUCAAUGGGCAUUGAUGAACAAGUCAGAAACAGCAGUCCGAGAACUACUCAAUCAAAAUGUCGAUGUCAACAUCAAGAACAAUUAUCAACUUAUAGCAUUACAUUUUGCUGUUGCAUGGCCGGAAAUUCCAAUUGAUUUGUUCCAGAUGAUUCUACAAAAAACCGAGGACAUCAACGCGAAAGACAAAAAUGGGAAAACUGCCCUCGACUUGGCCUCAUACUAUAAAUCGCAAGAUUUAAUUCAAUUGCUAGAAGAAUUCGGUAAACUGUCACUCACAAGGUAAAAUAGAGGUGAAUGACCGACAGGAUAACGAGGUAAGCAAUCUGACACAUGCACCAACAAGGUGAACACUUUUCUGAUCGAUUUUAAUAUCAUCAAAGUUUCGAGUUUGUAUGUUGUUUUUAGAUGUGUACAAGUUUCCAAAUUUCAAACGGAUCGCGCAGAGGCAUUGUGUACCUACAAAUUGGGCUUUGACAUUGAUCAACAUGCCUGGCUAACUGGUGGUGAGCAGGAAGAGCGGACAAAGAAUGAUUGAAAGAUAAAGUUUCAACUGUACUUCAAUAACAAGAAGAAAGAAUAGAUUUACUGUGUAAA